AUGGCUGAGGAACAAUUAGACGGAGAUUCACGUCGUCGGUAUCAAUUUGAUGAAGGAAAUAUUGAAGAAAAUUUAGAAUUACCUGAUUACAGAGGAAGUAACGAUUUUAGUGAUGAAGCUAACCUAGAUGAUCUAGAAGAACAAUAUAAUCAAUACAAAGAUGAAGAAAAUACUAAUACUAACACAAUCACGGCUAAUCAUUCAUCAAAUAAUCAAAAUAAUCAAUAUGAUACCUCUAAAAAAUCAAAUGCAAAGAUAAGUCAAAUUUCAUUUUUAAAUGAUUCUAAUGUAGACAGUGGUUCAAAUAUUAAUAUUCCUUCAUUCUAUGAACACAAAUUAUCAUUCAAAGAAUACUACCGUCACGAUUUAAAAGAAUACUGUAGUUGGAAGUCUGUAGGGAAUUAUUGUCUUUCAAUAUUCCCUGUAGUUCAAUGGAUGCCACAUUACAAUUACAUGUGGUUUAUCCAGGAUUUAAUUGCUGGUAUUACUAUUGGGUGUGUGCUUGUACCACAAUCUAUGUCUUAUGCCCAAAUUGCUACUUUACCACCACAAUAUGGUCUUUAUUCUUCAUUCAUCGGUGCUUUCAUAUAUUCUUUAUUUGCUACUUCCAAGGAUGUUUGUAUUGGUCCAGUCGCUGUCAUGUCAUUAGAGACUGCAAAAGUUGUUGCCAAAGUCACAGCAAAAUUAUCUGCCGACUCUGAUAUUACCGCUCCUAUAAUCGCCACUACUUUGGCAUUUUUAUGUGGUAUCAUUGCAUUGGGUGUUGGCCUAUUAAGACUUGGUUUCCUUGUGGAAUUAAUUUCUUUAAAUGCAGUGUCAGGUUUUAUGACUGGGUCCGCUUUAAGCAUUAUGAGUGGCCAAGUUCCAUCAUUAAUGGGUUAUAGUUCCAAGUUAAAUACAAGACAAUCCACUUAUAAAGUUAUCAUCGAAACUUUAAAACAUUUACCAGAUACAAAAUUAGAUGCGGUAUUCGGAUUAAUUCCUUUGGUAAUAUUAUACGUUUGGAAAUGGUGGUGUAAUAACAUGGGUCCAAAAUUAGCAGAAAGACAUUACGGAAGGAAAAACCCCAAAUUGAAUUUCUUUAUUCAAAAGUUUUAUUUUUAUGCUCAAGCCUGUAGAAAUGCUAUCGUGAUCAUCGUUUUCACUUGUAUCUCUUGGGCUAUCACUAGAGGUAAGACUAAAGCUGAAAGAAGAAUUAAAGUGUUAGGUACCGUGCCAUCUGGUUUGAAAGAUGUUGGGGUCUUCGAUUUACGCGAUGAUCUAAUGUCCAAAAUUGCACCAGAAUUACCAGCCUCUGUUAUUGUCUUAUUAUUAGAACAUAUAUCUAUUGCUAAAUCAUUUGGUAGAGUUAACGAUUAUAAAAUUGUUCCAGAUCAAGAAUUGAUCGCUAUUGGUGUCACCAAUUUGUUAGGUACUUUUUUUAUGGCCUAUCCUGCUACUGGUUCAUUCUCAAGAUCAGCUUUAAAGGCUAAAUGUAACGUUAAGACUCCAUUCUCAGGUAUUAUAAGUGGUGCUUGUGUUUUAUUGGCGCUUUAUUGUUUAACAGGAGCUUUCUUUUAUAUACCUUCUGCUACAUUGUCUGCUGUUAUUAUUCACGCCGUUUCUGAUUUAGUCGCUUCUUACCAAACCUCAUGGAAUUUUUGGAAGAUGAAUCCAUUAGACUUUCUAUGUUUUAUUGUUACCGUAUUUAUUACUGUUUUCUCUUCUAUUGAAAAUGGUAUUUAUUUUGCUAUGUGUUGGUCUGCUGCUUUGUUAAUCCUAAAAGUUACUUUCCCAGCUGGUAAAUUCCUUGGUUACAUUCAAAUUGCUGAAGUGGUCAAUGGUAACGUUAUCAACGAUCCAUCGAUUAUAAUAUCUGAGCCGUUAUCUGAAAAUGACGAAGAAGACAGUAAUAUUGAUUCCACUAAAGAAGACACAUCUCGUUUUGCAAAAAUUAAAGGUAAAAUGUUUUCAUCUUCUAAAAAGAGUCAAAACAAAGAAUUCAAUAGUGAUGAGUACAAGAAAAAUCUAUAUGAAACAAUAAAUCAAAAUGAAGCUAACGAGUCUACUUCAAAGUUGAACUAUUAUAACAAAUGGGUACCAUUUGAUCAUGCAUACACCAAAGAAUUAAAUCCAGAUUGCCAUAUAUUAGCGCCACCACCAGGAAUAUUGGUAUACCGACUAUCUGACAGUUACACAUACUUAAACUGUUCUAGACAUUUUGAUAUUUUAUUUGAUGAAGUCAAGAAACAGACAAAGAGAGGUAAAUUGAUUCAACACUCAAAGAAAUCCGACCGUCCGUGGAACGAUCCUGGCCCUUGGGAGCCACCAACAUUUUACAAAGGGUUAUUCAAGAGGGGUAAGUUAUCAUGGUUUUCUAAAAAUAAAAAGAAAGAAAGUGAUAGUGAGGAUAUUGCUUCCGGUAUUAACCAAAACACUAAUCUAGAUACCGGUGUUGUUAUUGAUGAAAGACCACUAUUGAAAAUUAUUUGUUUAGAUUUCUCUCAAGUUUCACAAGUUGAUGCUACUGCUUUACAAUCUCUGGUAGAUUUAAGAAAAUCUAUCAAUAAGUAUGCUGAUAGACAAGUAGAGUUCCAUUUUUCCGGUAUCACAUCACCAUGGGUGAAAAGAGGUUUGGUAAACAUGAAAUUCGGUAAGCUAAAUGAAGAGUUCAGUGAUGAAUCUAUAAUAACAGGUCAUACUAGUUAUCAUUUGGCCAGAUCUCAAAAGGGUUCAGAUGAUAGUAGUAACCUCGAUGAUUCAUUUGAGGAUUUAGAGAGUAGAACAACUUAUCAAGUCAAUGCUGCUUCAGGUACUAAUUUACCAUUCUUCCAUUUAGAUAUUCCAGAUUUUUCCAAAUGGAAUAUCUAA